CUGGGUGGUUAUUCGAGUCUGGGUGGUUAUUCGAGUCGAUUCGAUCCGAUUCGAGUCGAUUCGAGUCGAUUCGAGUCGAUUCGAGUCGAUUCGAGCCGAUUCGAGCCGAUUCGAGUCGAUUCGAGCCGAUUCGAAUCGAUUCGAAUCGAUUCGAAUCGAUUCGAAUCGAUUCGAGGCAUUUUUUUAAUUUUUCUGGGUGGUUAUUCGAGUCUGGGUGGUUAUUCGAGUCGAUUCGAUCCGAUUCGAGUCGAUUCGAGUCGAUUCGAGUCGAUUCGAGUCGAUUCGAGCCGAUUCGAGCCGAUUCGAGUCGAUUCGAGCCGAUUCGAAUCGAUUCGAAUCGAUUCGAAUCGAUUCGAAUCGAUUCGAGGCAUUUUUUUAAUUUUUCUGGGUGGUUAUUCGAGUCUGGGUGGUUAUUCGAGUCGAUUCGAUCCGAUUCGAGUCGAUUCGAGUCGAUUCGAGCCGAUUCGAGCCGAUUCGAGUCGAUUCGAGCCGAUUCGAAUCGAUUCGAAUCGAUUCGAAUCGAUUCGAAUCGAUUCGAGGCAUUUUUUUAAAUUUUUCUGGGUGGUUAUUCGAGUCUGGGUGGUUAUUCGAGUCGAUUCGAUCCGAUUCGAGUCGAUUCGAGUCGAUUCGAGUCGAUUCGAGUCGAUUCGAGCCGAUUCGAGCCGAUUCGAGUCGAUUCGAGCCGAUUCGAAUCGAUUCGAAUCGAUUCGAAUCGAUUCGAAUCGAUUCGAGGCAUUUUUUUUUAAUUUUUCUGGGUGGUUAUUCGAGUCUGGGUGGUUAUUCGAGUCGAUUCGAUCCGAUUCGAGUCGAUUCGAGUCGAUUCGAGUCGAUUCGAGUCGAUUCGAGCCGAUUCGAGCCGAUUCGAGUCGAUUCGAGCCGAUUCGAAUCGAUUCGAAUCGAUUCGAAUCGAUUCGAAUCGAUUCGAGGCAUUUUUUAAUUUUUCUGGGUGGUUAUUCGAGUCUGGGUGGUUAUUCGAGUCGAUUCGAUCCGAUUCGAGUCGAUUCGAGUCGAUUCGAGUCGAUUCGAGUCGAUUCGAGCCGAUUCGAGCCGAUUCGAGUCGAUUCGAGCCGAUUCGAAUCGAUUCGAAUCGAUUCGAAUCGAUUCGAAUCGAUUCGAGGCAUUUUUUUUUAAUUUUUCUGGGUGGUUAUUCGAGUCUGGGUGGUUAUUCGAGUCGAUUCGAUCCGAUUCGAGUCGAUUCGAGUCGAUUCGAGUCGAUUCGAGUCGAUUCGAGCCGAUUCGAGCCGAUUCGAGUCGAUUCGAGCCGAUUCGAAUCGAUUCGAAUCGAUUCGAAUCGAUUCGAGGCAUUUUUUUAAUUUUUCUGGGUGGUUAUUCGAGUCUGGGUGGUUAUUCGAGUCGAUUCGAUCCGAUUCGAGUCGAGUCGAUUCGAGUCGAUUCGAGUCGAUUCGAGUCCGAUUCGAGCCGAUUCGAGUCGAUUCGAGCCGAUUCGAAUCGAUUCGAAUCGAUUCGAAUCGAUUCGAAUCGAUUCGAGAUUCGAGGCAUUUUUUUAAUUUUUCUGGGUGGUUAUUCGAGUCUGGGUGGUUAUUCGAGUCGAUUCGAUCCGAUUCGAGUCGAUUCGAGUCGAUUCGAGUCGAUUCGAGUCGAUUCGAGCCGAUUCGAGCCGAUUCGAGUCGAUUCGAGCCGAUUCGAAUCGAUUCGAAUCGAUUCGAAUCGAUUCGAAUCGAUUCGAAUCGAUUCGAAUCGAUUCGAGGCAUUUUUUUUAAUUUUUCUGGGUGGUUAUUCGAGUCUGGGUGGUUAUUCGAGUCGAUUCGAUCCGAUUCGAGUCGAUUCGAGUCGAUUCGAGUCGAUUCGAGUCGAUUCGAGCCGAUUCGAGCCGAUUCGAGUCGAUUCGAGCCGAUUCGAAUCGAUUCGAGGCAUUUUUUUUUAA